UUCCUGUCAUAUCUCACGGCCCUCCUCGCUAUCCAGCAUAAAAAAAGGGUAUUUCCAUAUGGUGUUGAGCGAAGUAAUGAAUUUGACAAUCUACGUCUUCGUUGCAACCAUCUUAGUCUCUUCCCUAUCUUAUGUCGAUGGCGAAAAAUCGAAAAAACCUCAUAAAGAGAACGAACUGAAAAGAAGACCGUGGCUCCACGAUUAUACAGAGGAUUUCCUUGGAAUCAGCCAGGAAGAUUAUAUGCUAAUAGAAUCAGCAAGCAUAAUCAAAGGAGCCGAAGGAGGAUACCCACUGGCUAGUCAAGUCCUCAGUAUGAAUCCUGAGUUGACGAAAAAAUUUAAUGCAAUCACCUUUACUGAGUUCCGUCUAAGCAAGGAAGCGUUUAGAUUCAUCCAGAAGCUAACAUAUACUAUAGAAAAAGAGCGACGUACGGGAAUAUCGCAAGCAAAAGACUUUUCAAAGGAGGUGUCCGCUAUGACUUCGAAACCCGGACUUUGUCGUGAGCUUUCCCAAUAUCUCGAAGGAACAAGUUAUAAAAGAGGGAUAAAAUCAAUUCUCGAAACGGAUCGGAAAGAUUAUGUGGCCAAUUGCUGAAGCUGCUCUACCCGAUCCAUCUACGUCUUUCACAAGACCGAUAUAUAUGCAAAUUUCAUGUUUUACUGGAACCUUCGGUACAUAAGAAUCGAUUUAAAACACUUACAUUUGUAUCACGCAUGCAAUUCCUCAUAAAUCUGAUUCUUGCAAAGAUUUUAUUAUCAUUGUUCCAAUAAAACAGU